AUGGUAUCCUCUUCCUCCCCCCUGAAAGGCAGUAUCCUCGUAACCGGCGCCAACGGCGGCCUAGGAACAGCCCUAACCUCCCACAUCAGCACCCACUACCCCGAUUACCACGGCAUCUAUACCGUCCGGGAUGUCUCCUCCCCCUUCACAGCCCCAUCGACCUCCUCCCACGAACUCAUCCCUCUCGACCUCUCCUCCCUCUCCACCAUCCGCACCACCGCAAACGACAUCAACGCCUGGGUUUCCAGCGGGAAAAUCCCCCCCAUUCGAAUCCUAAUCCUCAACGCUGGGUUUCUGGAAUUCGAACAACAAACCUGGGCCCCCGAUGGAUUUGACAUGAGUUUCGCAGUCAAUUAUCUGGGCCAUUUCCUCUUGAUCUUGUUGCUGUUGCAGAGUAUGAACCGCGACGAGGGACGAAUUGUCCUCCUUGGAAGCUCGACACAUGAUCCAUAUGCUCCUAUCGUGGGGAGACAUUUUCCGGAGGAAAGGUGGAAGACCAUCAUUCAGGGGGAGGAUAUAAAAGCAAUGGAUGGGAUUGCCUAUGGAACGUGGAGUUCCAAUAAAGAUGAUCCGUCCCUACAUAGUGGGUUUAGGAGGUAUGGGGCUGCCAAGCUGUGUGUGGCUAUGUUGGUGGGUGAAUUACAAGAACGAUUAAGCAAAGACCCCUUUCUAUCCAACCUCACCGUCGUCGGAAUCGACCCCGGAACCAUGUCAACCGGAAUCGUGCGCCACGCUAGUUGGUUCGUUCAAACGGUACUGCAUGGGAUUGUGAUUGCGAAUGUGGCGCGGGUGUUAGCGUUCGCAGGGUAUCGGAACGCGCCGGUGCGGACGCCAGAGUCAUCGGCGAGAGAUGUGUUGGAUGCGGGGAUGAAUGCGAAAUGGAAGGAGUUGGGGGGUGGCGUGUAUCUGGAUGGGAUGGAGAUCGGGAAGAUUAGUGAGGAGGCGAAGGAUGAGGGGAAGAGGGAGUUGGUGUGGAGGGAGAGUGUGAGGCUUGUGGGGUUGAGGGAGGGGGAGACGGUUUUGAGGGAUUGGAGAUAA